UGGUUUCCCGGAAGCUUUAGUCGCCGAAACAAGCCUGCGAUACGAUUCAAGCGCUCGGGUCGAUGCGCCACCGGCACUGAAGAAUUGGUUUUCGUUUACAACGUUGCAUUAUAGCAGGGAAUUCAUUCCAAAGAACAGUGAGUCAACGAGGUGCAGAAGUCGGGUUUGGCUAGAUAGCUCCAGCAAAUCGGGCCUGUAUUUAUUUGAACUUGCCAGAGCUUUGCGACACUUCUGAAUCCUCGCCGAGCCUGUCGCUUUAGACGAGGAUUAGUUAUCUCGCUAGUAUCGUCUCUACAAAGCAAGUACGACUGAAAUUUUUGUCAAACUGCAGGCUUAGUUGGUUGCGUAACGGUGAUGGUACCUCGAAUCAUCCGGCAAGUUAGGCUCCAUAUAUUUAGUGGCCUACUGGUUCUGUUUCUGGCUUGCUCGACGCCCACUGUGAAAUGCGCUAGCAUAGCUACUCAUUCUGGCCUUCCCACUGCUAGACAAACUGAUAUCAUAAGCUCUUUGAAUCCAAUUGAAGCCACAACUUCUCCAGGAACUGAAGAAGUUUUAAGCCAGUCGCAGUUCACUAGUGUACCGCGACUCUUACCUGCACCGACUGGGUCGACAGAAGCUGCUCGCCCUCCGCCUAGUGAAAAUGGACGCACCGCCACAGCGACGACUUCUUCGAGAGCGACGCGGUCAACAACGCUCAAUGAGUCGACGGGCGCAAAAACCGGGACAUCAGCGACAACUUCCACUACCGGUAGCGCGUUGGAUACAAAGCCGGUAGUACCAUCUUCGACCCCCGAUUCACAUGAGCCAAGAAAAUCGAAGUUUAUCGAAGACUUCAAGGCCACUAUCAAGCAUAUCAUGUCCACCAUGGGCAGUGGGCUCGCGCGGAGGCUACUGCAAGCUGAUAUAUCGGCGGAAUGCAGCCUCGGCGUGCUGAAGUUCAUGCGUGCAGUUCAGGAGCUGGAGCCGUGGGCACUGAGACUGGUUGACUCUACCGCCAAGUACCCGAACGGUAUGCUCCAGGCGUCCACAGCCGAUUUGGGCGCUUACGACGAGUGCAUAGAGACUGUCGUGCACGACGAAUACGGGGACGUGAAAGUGCGUGGCCAGUACUGCAACGUCCACGUGUCGCUCGGCGAUGACCACUCUUUCAUAGGAGACAUACUCCCUGCUUUCCUCUACUCACACAAGAGGGCCCAAAACUUCACUUCAUACGUCAUGGACCAAAGGCUUCCUGGUCUGCGCCUCGGCGUCUGCUUCGUAAGCUCGUGUAGCGCGCAAGACCUCACCAACAUCGCCCGCACCCUGAUGGGAAACGUGGCAAAAAUUGUUGUCAAGAACUGCGUGACAAACGAGUAUGAAGCGAUAAACGCCACACAAGCCUGGAUAAUAGGUUUUUUGGCUGUCCUCGCGGCUGUGAUUGUUUCUGCAACAGGCUUUGAGCUACUCACGGAAAACUGGGACAAGAGCCACAAGAAAGCUUUUCCAUACAGGUGUGCGGUGGCAUUCUCAGCAUUGUCAAACACACGGCUCAUUUUGAGCGUCAACAAGGACGAAAAUUCCGAAACUUACUCGUACCGCUUCAUGCACGGCAUCCGCUUUCUGAGCAUCUUCUGGAUUUGCCUUGGCCACUCCUACGGAACAAUAACCGAAAACAUAACGAGGCUCGUUAACGCCCUUCACUACUUUGAGCGCUGGGAAACAUUGAUCGUGACAGCAGGCUACUUGGCUGUGGACAGCUUCUUCUUCUUCAGUGGAUUUUUGUUGUACUACACACUUAACAAGCAAAAGCGCAAUCGGGUUGUCGUGGCUGUGGUGGCAAUCAUCAGGAGAUACAUCAGGGCCACCGUUCCCCUCUUCUUCAUGAUCAUGUGCAUGUACCUGCUGCCCCUUAUUGCAACGGGACCCAAUUCCAAGGAAUUCUACAACAGAUUCUACGCAGAAAUUCGCAAGCACUGGUGGGACUUGUUGUUUCAGAUGCGCAACUGGAGGGCAGACGAGGAAGUGUCCACCAUGCCACACCUGUGGUACCUAUCUGCAGACUACCAGUUCUUCUUGGUGGCGGUAGUGAUUAUCCAGAUGUUUAAAGCGAGGAAGUGGCUCAUCGCAAUAAUUUUCAGUGUUUUAUCUAUCGUGUCAUGCGGAAUCGCUGCCUGGCAGAUAUACGGCACCAACAUGACACCGUUCCUUGUGGCUUUGGCAAAUGAGUUCGGUACUGUGAUGGACACGCUGAACCACUACUAUAUGCUUCCAUUCUACCAUGGAGUCUGCUUCUUUUCUGGGUGUUUAACAUUCCUCCUCGUUGAGAGAUAUGGCAAGGCAAAAAUAUCAAAGAUGAUCCAGGCCUCACUGUGGUGCAUAUGCCUCUUCUGUGGCCUAUACUGUCUGUUCAUGAAGAUCGAGUGGUAUCGAAGCAGCGAACGGGCUUCCGAGACGAAGCGAAUGUUUUACGCCUUCACCGACCGCAUCUUCUGGUCCAUCUGUGUGGCAUGGUUCGUCUUCACGUGCGCUACUGGCAGAGGAGGAAUCGUGAACCGCUUCCUGUCCUGGAAUGGGUUCGUGCCACUGAGCCGGCUGUCGUUUGGCGUGUACCUCAUCCACUCGCCGUUCUACAUACUCAUGUACCACAUCGCCAGGGAACGUGUUUUCUUCUCGCACUUCACUCUCGUGUCCCAGUGUUUCGCCGUCAUGGUUUGGAGCUACAUCCUCAGCUACUUUCUCUUCAUCGCCUGCGACGCUCCGACGGGACACCUCGAGAAGUUGGUGUUCAUGCCCGAGCGGCGAAAGGAACCGUCGCGGGUGGGCGUCGCGGCUAAUGGCGUCCAGCAUAACAGCAACAACAACGCCAAGGACUUGCCCGUCGGCAUCAUCGAGGAGGGCCCGAUCAAGAAUUAUUUCUCCGGAGCAGUGCCCCCUUCUUUAGGAGGAACGGGCCUCGAUGACGGAUGCUGCGUCGACAAGAGUUGUCGCUUGUGAAACCGCGCUAAGAACAGUUGUUGGACACUCUGUACGAGGCGUGGCAAUCGUCCACCGAUUGGUGCUUCUGCGCGCCCCCACCAGCGAGCCGAGCGUUAUCGGAGAAAAAAAAAAGAGACAAUACAUAAGUCUGCGUGGUCGGCACCAUUGCGAGCGCAGGUGCGCAACUUUGCGCUGGAAAGAAUUACGCCGUGCUCGAACAGGGUUACCGCGCGAAGAACUCUCGCCGGGGAAGGCGGUUUUUGCUGACAUCAGUGCUACACGCCAUUUGUAACGGAAGCACGUUGAGUCACUACGCUUUCUCUAUUUAAAGGACGCAGAAGCGGUCGAGUGGAAGGUUUCAAUGCGUGGUAAUAUCGCUGAUUGCACCACACAAUUGUUAAACACUACAUUCAUGUACGUGUCUGCUGAUGAGCCAGUGCUAUAUACGGGUGCUACAUACGAAAAGUUUUUUUUUGUGUGUGUGUGUGCAUAGGGGGGGGGGGGGGGGUGUUCGGUGGCUUUAUCUAUGCAGGAAAAAUGUGACCGCUCAUUUCGGCAGCCCAAAGCUAUUUAAUGAGAGACAACGAAUUGCAAGAAGAAUGACGUAAGAGGCAAAGGGUUUGAGUUAGGAUUCUACUAUACGUAAAAGAAGCCUUGUAAACGUAGUUGGCUACACCUAUCGCACUAUGAUUUAAAACAAUGCAAUAAUGUCCUAUUAAAGUUAUCGCGCUUUCUCCGACUCUGUAUAUAAAAAAAAAAAAGCAGAGUGGUUGGUCAGCAUAAUUUCACGUUUGCUCGGGUUGAAAGUUGUGUGUAGAGAAAAAAGCUUGUGCGUGAAUGACGACAUCGUAAAUAGUUGUUGUUUUCAUGGAAAACCUUCAAAUUGCACGCAUCACUUUCACAAUGUCGGCAUGUUGCAUUUUGCCAUAUGUGGACCUAUUUAUUUUCCAUAGAACCAUGCGCGUUGCGCUCUGUACAUAAAUUGUAAAUAAACUGUUCGUAUGUUUUGAA